AUGGGAGGAGGAAAAACCGCCGGUUUACCACCAAAUUUUGUUUUUUCACCACACGAUAAACAUUAUUAUGCUCCAGCUACAUGUCAUUCACUUCAUUAUACAACAGCUUCAUAUGUAGCUGCUGCUGUUGAAUUUUUGAUUUUGGGAACCGGAUUCUUCUGCUUCUACCGUAAGUUUUAUUUGGAAGAUUUGUUUCGAAAAAUGUUUUUUUUUCUAGAAAUGUCACAUGUAACUGGAUCAAUCGAAGGUUGGCUCUCAGUUCUUUUAGCAUUGAUCACAGCAUGUUCUGCUUUGACAACAGUUCUAAUGGCAAUUGGAAUUCGAACUGAAAGACCUGGACUUUUGGCACCAAAACUAACAUUUAUCUCGGUAAGAGAAAUAAGAAAGUUAUUUUACUAAAAUGUUUCAAAAUGUUCAGCUUGAAAUCGCAUUUUUGUUAUUCUGGGCAACUCUUUCAAUUAUUUCAAUGUCAGUUGGAAUCGAAUUCACUCGUCAAAUGUUUGGAGUAUUUGCUCAUGUUUGGAUGAUUGAAAGAGAUUAUGGACCGAUUUGGCCAUUCAAUGCAGCCGUUGUUUCAUUUUUCACCGCCGCUGCUGCCAUUUGGUAAUUUUUUGAAAUCAUUUUAAAUUGAAAAUCAUCUCCAAUUUCACUACAUGGUGAUUUUCACCGUGAAAAAUGUUCUAACUUUUUUGUCAAACGAAAAUUCGAAUUUUCGGAAACUUGAUCCUUGAAUUUUUGUUAAUGAGUUCAAACUACACAUAAUAAUUAAUUAAUUUUUGAACAACUUCCUCUUUAUUUUAAUGACUUUUUUGCAGGACUCGAAUAAUUGUUCAAGGCGCAUGUGAUUUCAUUUUGGACAAAAUCUAUUUCUCCGAAAGACCAAAUGUAGAAAUGAAAAGCAAGAAAAUCGAUGAAUAA